UAAUCCGAACCAUCGAAACCUAACCCAACCUGAUCUAAUCGAGCCAAAUAAGAAAUAACCUAAUCUAACCUAACUCUCGAAUAUCAAACAGGAGCAUCGUAAUCGCAUUACACGAGCUUCCGAUGAAACAUGCGAUGCGUAAAACAUAACGAAAACAAAACCUAAUAAAUGUAUAAAUAUAUAAAUGCAUAUUUUAAGUAAACUGAAGUAAACAUAUAAUUACAAAAUUUAACGUAAAAUGACAAGUAACGAGUUACCUGAGGGUACCUCAUUGCGAAAUAGGCUGCAAGGGCGAGAGGAAAAUUUGAAUAAAAAUCGUAAUUUAUCGGAAAGCAAUGAUGGUUACAAAUUGAGUCAAGGAACUGACAGCUUCUCCAAGAUCAAUGAACGCCCCGUCGACGACAUAUCCAUCGAAUUUUUCUACAAACCUCACACUAUAACCUUACUUCUCAUCUCAAUCGGUGCUGUUAUCUACUUCGCAUUUGUCAGAGAUGCGGCAAACGUCGAGGACAAUAUCUGGGCGGGAAUCUUGUGCGUCGUCUUCUUCUUCCUGAUCAUAUCUGUGCUGACAUUUCCCAACGGUCCGUUCACCAGACCGCAUCCAGCGGUUUGGCGAAUAGUUUUUGGAUGCAGUGUCCUCUACCUGAUGGGUCUGCUCUUCAUGCUCUUCCAGAAUUACGAGACUGUCAGGCGAAUCUUGGUCUGGAUAGAUCCUGGCUUGUCGUCGUUCAGAAUCGACAUGGACAAGGAGUAUGGCGUAAACUGCUCCGACAUAUCGUUGGAGAAGAUAUGGAAUCACCUGGAUGUGUUCGCACUGGCACAUUUCCUCGGAUGGACUUUCAAAGCGGUGCUGAUAAGGCACCUCGGAAUUUUAUGGGCGAUCAGCGUGAUGUGGGAGGUGACGGAGAUCGCCUUUGCCCAUCUGCUUCCCAAUUUCGUCGAGUGCUGGUGGGAUGCUCUGAUCCUUGACGUCAUCCUCUGCAACGGCCUCGGCAUUUGGGUCGGACUUAAGAUAUGCGCUUGCCUCGAGAUGCGCGAGUACAAAUGGGUCAGCAUCAGGGACAUCGAAAGCACCACUGGGAAACUGAAAAGAGCCGUGCUUCAGUUCACCCCUGGAAGCUGGACCUCCGUCAGGUGGCUCGAUCCGAACUGCACUUACAUGCGAUUCGUUGCUUUGUCUCAGCUUGUUAUCUUCUGGCAGAUAUCCGAGCUCAACACGUUUUUCCUCAAACACGUUUACGAGUUUCCACCGUCACAUCCGUUCGUCGUUUCCCGGCUUGUACUGAUUGGAGUUAUUGUUGCACCUUCAGUAAGGCAAUACUACAUGUACGUUACGGAUCCAUCGUGUAGCAGGGUGGGAACUCAAUGCUGGGUAUAUGGGGCGAUAAUGGUGACGGAGGCUCUCCUCUGUGUACGUCACGGAGCGCCGGUAUUCGAACGUACACAAGCGCUAAAUAUUCUUCUUUGGCUUCUUUGCCAGUCAUUUAUUUCUGUGCUAUGUGUGUAUGGCUGCGUCCUUUGGCAUCAGUAUUUCGAGAGUGGGAAACAAAUAUCCUCUAGCGAAACUGGCAAGAAUCGUAUGGAUGAAAACGUCAGCGGUGGGAACAUGGCUAGCUGCACACGUUUUACACAGACUGUUGGACCAGUGAAUAAAAAAGCUUUGUGAGCUUGUACCUCGUACCUACA